AUGAAACUCGACCAGUUUCUCGCCAUGGAGGUUGGUGGCGACCCCGACGAGGUCCUUGACCUGCGCGGGCUUGAGUACGUCUCUAGUUAUGACGAUCAUCUCAUGUGUCCAAUCUGCCACUGCCCUUUUGUUCGACCAGUACGCCUUGGAUGUGACCAUGUAUUUUGUCAGACAUGCCUGAAUAUUGCUAUCCACAGUUUCGCCGCUGGGCGAGAGGACUUCACCUUCGGUGGGCAUGGGGAGGGCUUUACCUGUCCCACGUGCCGCACUCCUACUCGCGAUGUCUACCUCAAUGUUCCCCGACUCUUAACCAACAUGUGCGAUGACCUGCCGGUGCGAUGUCCGUAUUCGAAUGAAGGGUGCGAGGAGAUUGUUCCGAGGGGCCAUAUCCAGACCCAUGCAGACAAGUACUGUGGGCAUAAGUUGAUGAGCUGCCCUAGCCCUGAUUGUGACCAAAAGACUCGGAAGAAGGACAUCAGCCCGGAGAAGAAAUGCCUGCACGAGUUACACAAAUGUCUGCGUUGUGAGAAAGACAUCAUGGAGCAGGACUACGAGGAACACGUAAAAGAACUAUGCCCAAGUCUCCAAACAACUUGCCCCGAUUGCCAGGCCACCGUUUUCCGAAAAGCCCUCCGGGAACACAUCGACACUUGCCCUGAAGCGAUCCACCCAUGUGCCGCAUCCAAGUUCGGAUGUCCCAUCAAGAUGAAGCGUGCAGAAUUGAGCACCCACGAGCAAAGUUGUUCCCUCAUUGCAAUAGGACCGUACCUCGAAGCUCAGAACUCCCGGCUUGAUUCCAUGGAGCUAACGGUCCGUCAUCUUCAACAACGCAAUGAAAUUCUGGAUGACGGCCUCUCCUCUAUCCGCUCAACCCUCGUUGAAUCAUCCCGCGCCUUCUCCACCCACAACAACAGUAACAAUACCAACGACCCAGAAUACCUUGGGGACAGUUUCCCGUCAUCCAUCGCCGCCCCUUCCUCAUCAAACGCUUCCAGGCCAGGACCAUCCCAAACCGACGCCGACGCAUCCACCAACCCUCUCACAAACGCAACAACCUACCUUCUCUCCCUCCACGAAUCCCUCCGCGAAGAGGUUGCCCAGCUUUCCCAUGCGAUAACAGACCUUGAUGCCCGCGCAAGUAUGGCAAUUAUGAACGAGUGUCUCCGACUCAAGGAAGACAUGGCGCACACAAAUGCCGCCGUUAGCAGUGUCCGCAUGCAGGUGCAGUGGCUUAUGAAUCCACGGCUACACCAAGGACAGCGAACGCAAAAUGGCAGCGAUUCGAGGACCGGGCCUGGAACGCCCGGGGCUGCGGCGGGUCCAAGUAAUAAUACCCCCGGGUUGCUGAGGCCGAGGAGGUUGAGCGACACGGGGAGGGAGGGGACGAAAUUGUAA